AUGAACUGGACCGGUGGCCGCCUUCAGCGCCACUCGAAAGCCCACGCCAACGCCAAUCUUAAGGCGCAGAAGCAGCACUUUGCGAAAGCAAGACUGCAACAACAGAACGGACGUCGUGUUCCGUCCCCAUUACAACUUUCAGCGUUCAAAGUGCCACUCAAGCAGAUCGGGAAGUUGGAUCAAGAUCAACACCGGGGCAUCAAGAGACGAAACUCUCCCGAGGAGCUAGCCUCUAGCGGGCUCAGUACCAAGCGUCGACGCUUUGAUCGCCAGCCCAAUAUCAGCCCCGGUCAUUCGAGCAGUGGUUCGGAACUACCAACUCACGUACAUCAACGCUACUUUACAACCGAGUCGAACGCGCAGCCAGUUUCGGAGAAAGAGAGCCGUAAGUCUACUGAAGUGGAGAGAAACACUCUUAACGGGGUUAAACGUAGUCUCCUGAGACAUUCUGAUUGGAUGGGUCUUAAUGUAGCGCGGCCCCUUCGUAUGAAAUUUCCCUCGACUUGUGAGUUGGAAAGCAUAGGCCGAAGGCGAAAAGUUAUAGCGGAGGACAAGCAACGGAGAGCCGUUGCGCAAACAGGAUAUUAUCUUGGUCCUCUACCAGAUCCUGCGCUUCAUUCUCGCCUACACCAGCAUCACUCUGACGAUGUCCAAAAGGAGGUUGUCAGCAUACGCAUUGGAUCAAACAUACAUCAGAGCCAGACCACAACAAUGCCACAUCCGUUCAAGAAGCUGGCAUCAAUAAAACGUCAGAGCGAGUCAUCAGAAUCCAUGCUACUCGACAGAGAAGUCCCUACCUGUCACAAUUCCAUCUAUGAUAGGAGUAAUUCUGAAAAUCCUUUGACAGAAUCUAUGAUGUUAGCUGAGCGGCCCAGAUACGCCAGCCUAAACAAGUCAUUGGUAUCAUUAGAGCAGGUGCGGGACAGUGAGACCUUUGAUGAAGUGAAGGCAAAGUCAGACUCGGUCAGCAAACAGAGUUCUCAACCUCAUUCGCAGACAGUCGUAAAGACUAUGAAACGGAGAGCAGUGGAUAGGAGAUUGGCAUCGGAUGGGGUGAGGUCGAGCUCUAUCAUAAUGGGACACCGCCUCCUUCGAUCCACACCUCCGCGCUCAGAAGGUAGCUAUCUGCGCACGACACCAAAAAAGCAAAGACGGCGUCCACGUAUUGGCGAAAAUUCUUCCCAACAGAUUCCAGGCAGUCUAUCAAGCGACUUUCUUCCAAGCAAUCGUCGCUGUGAUGAGAAUCAUGGAGUAAGAAACAGUCGUGCCUCCAGCAAUCAAAGACUGUCUUUUAGGGAACUGCCUGAAGCUACAGAACCUGGAGUCAACCAUGUCGCACUUGGUGGGAUCGAAAACCAGACCCAGGACCGAUUGAAAUUCACUCUGGAGCUGCAAGUUGAAGCGGAGACAGAAGCUGCAGGAGUGGUCCACGCACCAAGUCGCGAAAAAGAUCACGUGGGUGCCAGCCCUCAAAACCAUCAAAUAGAGCUUCCGCUCCACAGUUCUCAUCCCAACCUCUUUGGUGAUGGCACUGACAAGGCUAUUCAACCAGCCUGUGCAGCAGGUGAAGAGCGAGAGUCUAACUCGACUGCUUGUUCGCCAGCAUUUGGUGGAGACCUGCAUCGUGAUAAAUCGGCACAAGGUAUCCCGCGGGCACUUCCUGAAAUGGGCCAGUCUUUGCAGCCCCCUACAAGGAUGAAUGAAACAGCAGGAGUCCAUAAAAGUAUUGCCAGAUCCCCUGACAUGCUUGCAGCAAGGCAAUACUCACCAAUCCAUGUCCAGCUGAGACAGGCAAAGCCCAGGCAGGAGAAUUUCAUGCGGCAAAGGUUAGGACAGUCCCAGCAGCCAGAGGCUCCGCAAGGUGAUCGUCGUUCUGGUAUUACAGCUCGCAGUGAUGAAAGUCAAGCAUGGAUGAGAUUCAUUCUUCAAGAUGAAAUGAACGCUAUCAGCAACCAUUUCUACGAGAAUCCUCCAAUAAAAGGACACAGUGUCCAGGGCCGCCCUCCACGUUGGCUCAAAUAUCACUCUAGUGAAGAUGGCACUCUCUCUGUGGAUCGUGAGCUGCUACCAAGUCAGCUGCAGAACCAAAGGAGCUCUAGUCCUGUUCAGACCAUCAAGACAGCUGCUAAUACAACGUUGCGCGUAGCGAAUUCAGAUGCAGAAUCCGUCGCAUCAGGGAAAGCGGGACCCCCAGAAACAGAUUUUUGGAGUCAGUUGAGUCCUAUGGAAGGCCAACUAGAUGAUCGACUUCUCAAUCUUUCUGUCUAUACCAACCCAGCUCGUACCGAGCGGAGUUACAUAGCAGCGCCAAGCAAUACACAGCAAGAGCGCGAGAGGACUGUUGAGAAUGACUCUCCCGAGCAGUCUUGGACGGAUUUUCACGAUCAGUCGCCCGUCGAGUUGACAGAUGAUCAGUUUACUUUACAGGCAGCGUCCGUAGUUGGGUCACCUACUCCGAGCUCUCGCUCGGCCACCACAGCAUCCCAUCCCCCCACUAAUAGAAAUCCGCUGUGUCCAAUCUCGAAUCUUUUUACCCAGCCCAGACAUUCAAACUUUCAUCCACUACGAAGAUCGCCAAGCUUAUUCAAGAAAUCUAAUCAAACCCCCUCUAUGAUGAAUCAUACACCCGAGCGAGGAGUUUCGAGAUAUCAGUGGAUUGAUCCUCCUCGUUCCACAAUGAAGAGCUCCUUGUCCGCUCGUCGCCAUACCAGCGCUUUCCCUAUGGAUUAUACCCCCCUUAACCACGCCAAAAGGAAGCAGCAGCAGGGGUAUCCAGCCUCAUCUAGACCUCCAAGUUCGUACCGUAUUGCACCACAACUUGGCCACGACCGAUUUGAAAUUGGUGAUCAAACCACACAUCAUAUAUCGCACCGCAAAACAUCUUUCCAUAUUGCAGCCAGCUCCGAUGAAUACAUCCCAUGUCCGCAUACCGAUACCACCACAAAUCAUUUCAAGGACGACAACGCCUCCACUCAUUUCACAACCGAUGAGAAAACCAGCAACACCACCACCCAUCGAAGCUUUCAGCACGCCGCGUCCAAUGCGACAGCCUUUAACGGCGCAGCAGUUGUCGUUGUUCAGCACGCCGAGGCCGGUGAGACCAGUCCUGGGCGGCUUCAAGCGACCGGAAGCGUCGUCGAGCAGGUUAAUGGAUCUAGUGCGGUGAUGUAA